GAAAGCAACUCUCCUCAUUCAUAUGCGGCAAACAUCAUGUUCCCAGUUCAGGCUCUUGCGAAACGGAAGUUCCCAGCUGGAGGACAACCUCGUCGUACGAUUUCCACAACCCAGAGUCACAUUGUGCUAAAUAUAGGCUCUUUGAACCUAUAUAAUACCACGCCUAUACUCUAACUAACGCCGCAUCUAGCUCAGAGUUCUUCUAUGUUGUAUCCUGAGUCUAUGUUUUCUCUCGGAUUCUCAGUCCUCGAUACAGAAGAACCAAGCUAUAUUGUCCGCCUGCCCCUGUUAGAAGAUACAACAAACAUUCCUUGGAUCUUCUCCACCCAAGACCCCAGCAACGCCAAGUUAGCAUUCGAACUCUUCCGCACCAAUCCAGAUGCCAACAAUGGCCGUGAAGUCAUCGGUUGUGGUAUGGCUCUCCUCGCAAGUCUCAAGCAAGCUUUUGGCAUGAAAAGAGAAAGUCUCCAUCGGCAUUUUACCAUUCCCAUCGUAUCAAAUACCACAUCGGAAUAUCUCGGGGCAGUGACUUUCAGCUUCAUCGUAUCACAUCCGCUUGCUCUACCAGACACGCCGCCGAUUUCCAUAAGUGACUUAUGGUCCGAGAACUGCCCCACUAAAGUCGUUGGACAUCGCGGACAGGGCCAAAAUAUGUUAGCGGCAAAAAACCUACAGGUGGGGGAAAACACAAUACAGUCAUUCUUGUCAGCAGUGCAAUUGGGGACUUCCUACGUUGAGCUUGAUCACAUGCCUGUAAUCUACCAUGACUUCUUGGUAUGCGAAACGGGGGUAGAUUCUCCAAUGCAUACUCUUACCUACGAACAGUUUAUGCGCAUCAGUGUCGAGCAGUCCGAUCAAUCCUUGAACGCGCCCCCUGCGAUAGUGGAGACAGAAUGCUUCAAAACACCUAUGAGAAGAAAAACACGCACUCGCUCUCUGAAUGCUUGCGACAACGCCCUGACCGAGGCAUUUAUGGCCAGAGUUAAACACACUUUUGACUUUAGUACCAGAGGGUACCAAGCUAACACCAGGGGUGCCUUCAUUCACGAAGCAUUUAUAACACUCGAAGAACUCUUGACCACCCUUCCAGAUACUAUAGCAAUGGAUAUCGAAAUCAAAUAUCCCAUGCUCUCCGAAGCGGAAGAUGAUUGGAAAAUGGACCCUUACUUCAUCGAAGCUAACUUCUUCGUUGAUUCCAUUCUACUCUGCCUUGCAAAGCACAUCUCAACACGCUCUAUCUUCCUCUGCUGCUUCAGUCCCGAAAUCUGCAUCCUCCUCUCUCUCAAGCAAGCUCGCUGGCCCAUAGUCUUCGGCAACGAUUCCGGCAAUUGGCAACCGAGCGAUAUCCGUGCUAAGAAUCUUCAAGAAGGUAUUCAUUUUGCAAAAGCUUGGAAUAUCGAUGGUUUGGCGCUUGCUAGCCAACCUCUGAUUUUUGCGCCAAAGCUAGUGGGAUUCGUCAAACAGAGGGGGCUGGUGUGUGCAAGCUAUGGGGCUAUGAAUGAUGAACCAGAGGGCGUAAAGAUACAAGCUGAAGCAGGGGUGGAUAUUUUGAUCGUGAACAAAAUCAGUAUGGCCGCAAAAAUUAUUGCUACACUCGAAGAUAGCGGUUAGAGUCUCAGCUAGACGAAUCAGAGUUACUAUUUCCCCCCCUUCGUGUGUGGAAUAGGUAUUCAGCAAAUAGAAAUGCGAUCGGCUUACUUCUCACCUUCUAAUAAGUUUGGGCACGUGUCCUGG